AUGGCUUGUCGCGUUGUUCUGCUGUCGCUAAUCCUCGCAGCACUUGCGUCGCGCAGCAUCGCCGACGACUUGUCCGACGUCGUCGAGCUGACGCCUAACAAUUUUGGCGAUUUCGUGGGAACGGAAAAGGCGGUGUUCGUGAAAUACUACGCGCCAUGGUGCGGCCAUUGCAAGAAGCUCGCUCCGGAUUACGAGAAACUCGCGACAGCCUUCAAGAAAACCAAGUCGGUGGUCGUCGCUAAGGUGGACUGUGACGCGUACAAGGAGAUGUGCAGCGACUACAGGGUGCGCGGGUACCCCACUCUCAAGUGGUUUCCUGCUGGCACUGACAUCCCAGUCGACUAUGAUGGGCGCAGGGAGGCUGCAAGCAUGGUGACAUGGGUGAAUGAGAAGCUGGGCACGAGUGUGCGUGUGCCUGUGGCCAUGUCUCACGUGGUGGACCUCACACCUGCCACCUUCGAUGCGAUCGCUCUAGACCCCACCAAGCAUGUGCUCGUGGAGUUCUAUGCACCGUGGUGCGGCCACUGCAAGCAGCUCGCCCCUGUGUACGAGCAGGUGGCGGAGGCAUUCAGGCUGGAGAGCAGCGUGGUGAUCGCCAAGGUGGAUGCAGACCAGCACACGGAGCUCAAGGACAGGUUCGCCAUAUCAGGCUUCCCCACGCUCAAGUGGUUCCCAGCCGGCAGCGGGGCACAUGGGGAGGGGGAGAAGUACAGUGGGGAGAGGGGGGUGGUGGAGCUGGUGCGGUUUGUGAAUGAACACGCCGGCACCAGCAGGACCGUCAAGGGCGGCCUCACCAGUGGGGCUGGACGCAUUGAGUCUCUGGACAGAAUUGCGAGUAGAUUCCUGGAAGCUUCGGCUCAAGAAAGGGCUGGUCUGAUGGCAGAAGCAGACGCAGUGGCUGUGCCGGCGACUGUGAAAUGGCAUGCAGAGCGGUACCUGAAGGUGAUGAGGAGUGUGGUGGAAAAGGGGGACGAGUAUGUAAAGAAGGAAAUUGCGCGCCUCUCCAAAGUCCUUGACGGG